AUGGAACCGCUGAUUGUAAAGGCACGCUGUCGAACUGCCCUUGAACGUGGUGAUAUAGAAGAGUUCAAAUGCAUCUUAAACAGUGUGCUAUCAUCUGGUCCAACAACCAGUGGUUUUACGAACGAGUUUGUGCUGGAGCUGGUUUGGCUGCUUGCACGGAAAAGCGCCGAUCCAUUAGGCAAAGAACAUCAUCGCCUUUGCAGUGAAAUACUUGGACGAGUAAAAAAAGAGCACGGCUUUUUGAAACUGAUGGUUCGAGAAGCGGAUCGGCAUGCUGCACACGGAUUGUUUUAUUCUGCUUUAUCUUACUUUCAUAUUGAUUUGCAUAAAAGUUCUGUUUCAAAUUCUCACAGUGAUAAAACUCGAGUAUGGGAACAACACUUCUUAGUACUGCAUGAUGCCUACAAAGAAUCACUUGCCUCUUGUUGCCCAUCAGAUGAAAACGUAGCCUACAUCCACAUUAGCUUUCUCUUGCUGGUGUUCCAGAUUCACUUUCAGGCU